UAUGUCAAAUGAAAAACGCGAGCUUUCAGUCAGCUGAAGCUCUUUGCCGUUUUGUAGCUGAGUGAUGGAUUCUGCGCAAAUUAAUUUUCUAAACGGCAACUUUUUCAUCUCUAAAACAAGAGGGAUACAUACUAGCAUUAUUGUGAGGAUUAUAAUGAAAUAACAUGCAUAAAGUGUUUAUUAACGUGUAGGAAUGGACACUCAGAAGGACGUUCAACCCCCAAAGCAGCAGCCAAUGAUCUAUAUCUGUGGAGAAUGUCACACAGAAAAUGAAAUAAAAUCCAGGGAUCCAAUCAGAUGCAGAGAAUGCGGAUACAGAAUAAUGUACAAGAAAAGAACUAAAAGAUUGGUGGUUUUUGAUGCUCGAUGAAACAUGGGAAUUCAGAGGAGUGUCUUCCUUUGUAUCUGGAUUUGACCCUUGAAUGUUUCUCGUUAUUAUACAGCUUUUCAUUUAGCACACUUAUCUUAUGAAUACAACUGUAUACAUAUAAUUUCAUUUUAUUUCAUUUUCCAAGUCAAAUUGUGUUUAGGUAUCAGUAAUUUGUGUAAAGAUUGUGUAAAUUAAAUGACUUAAUUUUAUUUUAUUGUAUUAUGUGAUCAGACACAAAAUGAAAAAUUAAAAUUGCUUCCCCAAAUCACACUUUUAAUUAAACACUUUUAGAAAUGCAAGUUUCUAAAGUCCUGUAAAAUUCUGAUGAAAGAAGUUCCUUGGAAACCAUAAUUAUAUGUUGUGAACUGUUGGUAAA